AGGAGAUAAACGCAAAAUUUGUUUCUUUUUCGCCGAUUUCCAAUCGGUUUUUCGAUGAGUUCCGAUCGUUGCGUAGGCAAGAAGAGAAGAGAAGACCUGCUGUGCGAGCGAGACGGACCAGCCGUUUGCACAAGUGUGUGUGUGUGUGUGUCAGGUUUUGUCUGUUCCUGUGCGUGUGUGUGUGUAAGCCAUUAGUUGUUUUUGUUUUUGUUUUGGCUAGCUAACAACAAUAAUACAAAAGUUAAGAACAAGCCAAGUGAAAUGAAACUGAAACACGUGUUUAAACCCCGAUUUGCAGCCAAAAAGCCCAGGAAAAGCCAACAAACAAAUAUAUAAACUGAGCACUGAAAAAGAAAAGCAAAGAAAAAACGGUAAUAAGUCGGGAAAAUCAAAGUGCAAAACUGAACGCCAAAAAAACGAGCGGAGAGUGCGAGCGAGACAGCGCAUGCUGGGCGCCGCAGGAGCUGAAGAAGAAGAAGAAGCAGUGAGAGUGAAGUUAACUGGAAGUGGAGUGGAAAGAGGAGAGCGAGCGAGAGGAGAGGAGAGCCAGCGGAAGGGAAACAACAAAGAACGACGGCGACGGCCAAAAGAAAAAGUCGCCUUUCCAAUCUACCUCGAAACACAAGCAAAUCGUUAUUCUAAAAAGCACAAUAACUAAAAUAAACACCAAAAUAUAAUAUAAAUAUACUGGUAGAAGAGGAAGCAGCCACUUGACAAAAAGGAAAACGCAACAGCAGCGCCAUCUAGUGUCGGCGAGUCGAAGCAGCAGCUGACAGACAGAAAGAGACCGCAAAGAGGGGAGCGAACAACAAAUACAAAUACAAGCUUUCUUCGCCUGGAAGUCGCAGAGGAGGAACGACAGAGAGGGGGGAGUCGGCUCCCGAAAAACUCCAUUUGGACCACAAAAAUAUAAUAAUCAUCAUAGUAGCCAAGUAGAGAGCCCAGAAAAAGAAGACCAGACCAGACCAGUUGCCUUUUUAGCCCGCCACAAGAUGGCGUGCCUUAACACCCUGAAGCAGGAAAUCAAAACGCUGGAGAAGAUCUUCCCGAAGAACCACGAGCGCUUUCAGAUCCUCAAUUCCAGCGUCGACGAGCUGCUCUGUCGGUUCAUCGAUAAGAAUGGAAAGCGCUACGAUAUCCAUGCCAACAUAACGGAAACGUAUCCCUCAUCGCCGCCUGUUUGGUUCGCCGAAAGCGAGGAGACGAGCGUCACAAAUGCUGUUCAAAUACUUAGCAAUACAAAUGGACGUGAUAAUCACGUGAUUAAUCAGGUGGGCAUACUGCUGCGUGAGCUGUGCCGACUACACAACGUUCCACUGCCACCCGACAUCGAUAAUUUGGCCCUGCCGCUGCAAACGCCGCCGCCAUCCGCUUCGCCACUCCGCUGCGAGCAGAGACCCGGCGGCGGGGGAGCGGGGGGCGGGGGCGGACCGCACGGCAACGAGGAGACCGACUCGGAUCAGGAGGAGAUCGAGGAUCCCAUUGGCGAGAGCGAACAGGAGAGCGAGGGCGACGAGGAUUUGCCGCUGGAAAUGGAUGAUGUACGAAGUACAAACAAGAAGGACGACAUGGAAGUGGAACACCUAGCAACUCUAGAAAGACUGCGUCAAAGUCAAAGACAAGACUAUCUAAAAGGUUCCGUUUCGGGCUCCGUGCAGGCAACCGAUCGCUUGAUGAAGGAACUACGUGAUAUUUAUCGAUCGGACGCCUUCAAGAAGAACAUGUAUUCAAUUGAGCUCGUCAACGAGUCGAUUUACGAGUGGAACAUACGCCUCAAGUCUGUCGAUCCGGACAGUCCGCUGCACAGUGAUCUGCUAAUGCUCAAGGAGAAGGAGGGCAAGGACAGCAUACUGCUCAAUAUCCUCUUCAAGGAGACGUAUCCCUUCGAGCCGCCCUUUGUGCGCGUCGUCCAUCCGAUAAUCUCAGGCGGCUAUGUGCUCAUCGGCGGUGCCAUCUGCAUGGAAUUGCUGACCAAACAGGGCUGGAGCUCGGCCUACACCGUGGAGGCGGUUAUCAUGCAAAUAGCAGCCACCCUGGUCAAAGGAAAGGCGCGCAUCCAGUUCGGGGCCACCAAAGCACUGACCCAGGGCCAAUAUAGCUUGGCUCGAGCCCAGCAGAGCUUCAAGUCUCUGGUGCAGAUUCACGAAAAGAACGGCUGGUUCACACCGCCCAAGGAAGAUGGCUAAGAUAGAAGAGUCCCCAGACGCACAUCCUUUAUAGAAUAACGCAUGCCACAACCAGCACACAUCCAUCAGCCACCAGCAUUACCUUAUCCACACCACCCGCCAAGCCCAAGCACACACACCUACCGCACUCACUGCCGGUUCGAUAAAACCAUAUGGACGGAGCCCCCGAACUCGAGGAGAAGGCCCACUUUGUUUUGCUUGCUUGCAACGUGGAUGGAACCAUCCGCAUAUAAUUAAGUUUAACGUGUAUACCUUAGACACACUUUUGUAUCCACGGUUGCUCUUUUUUUCGUUGCAAGUAAAUUCAUUUGUAUAUGCGCCCCACUCGACGUUUAAUGUAGUGUAGUGUGUAGUCAGUCGUCUUCUAACCAAAUCCAAAUCCAAAUCCCGCGGCCUGAAAUCGUCCAUCUUGUACAGAGUCUUGGAAACUGGAGCUGAUUAAGUGAAUAUCGCAGCAGAGGUAGCAGACUAAUCAGCGGACGAACGGUGUAAAAUGUAAAGGCAAUAUCUGUUAUGUAUAUGAAUAUAAUUUGUAAUUUAAAUAUUGUAAAUGUAGUGGCUUCGAAAACCUUCCAAACACAACCCCCGCACACACCACACACACCAUACACACACACACGCGCCUAAAAUGUAAACUAGUUAAGACGCCUAACUGUAUUCUUAUUUUAAUUUAACAAAUCCGUGGUAUCUUAUAUUUUUUCUCCCUAACUUAACUGGUAAGCAACCGAAAACAAAAAACAAAAGAAACGGCAAGUUGGCAAGAGAGUUGACGCAAUGUCGAGCGGAAUAGAUAUAUAUAUAUACCUAUACAUACAUAUAAAUAUAAAUAUACAUAAAUAUAAAGAUAUAUAUUAAUAUUAGCGCGAGAGUUUAGCUUAAGCAGAAUAAUACAGAACGAUGCGUCGAGGAUGAGCAAAUUCUAAGUGUAAAUUCGUCUUUCCAAAUAAUCGUAAAAUAACGUAAAUCUAAAUCUACAAAGAGAAAAACAAACAUUACAAAUAAAAACAAGCUAAAUCGAGUAGUUGGAGAACGAAAAUCGAAAAUAUUUGCAAGUGUAAUAUGCAUUAAAGUAAAGCAAAAGCAAAGAAAAUGAAAACAAGAGUUAAUUUGAGGACAACUGUUUUGCUGUCCCCAUUAUCAUUGUUUUUUUAUUAUUCGUACAACGGCAGACAAAAUUUCAUUGUACAUUUCAAAACGGAAAUUGGCAUGCACGACGAAAUGUUCAUUUUAAGUAUGUAUUUAAUAAAGAAGGAUAUAUACAUGCAUAA